AUGAAACGGGCACCAAAAAAAAGAACCAACUUGGCUAGGAUAAUAUGCGGCGUCGUGAUUUUGCUUAUGAUGGUUGCCUUGAGCGGGAAGGAAGAGAACAUACAGUUUCAAGAAAAUCGAAUCGACGAUGCUGCUCUGUUUCCAUCCAGAAUAACUUAUUCCUCGGGGGGACUGACGGCGACAAAUGCUCCAAUAUUAGAACGAAUAAAAGAUGCACCGAUGUCCCAACCACAUGAUUCGAUAAUAGCGAUGCAAACUUCAGCCGAAUCUCAAUCAUCGCCAUUCCCUGCUGCUCGUCAAGUGGCUGCCAAAUUGCCUGAAACACAAGCAACAAUGAUAAACCAUGAAGAAGUCAUACGAAUACUACCCAUAUCUCAGACCGCUAGCCAACACAAUAUCGAAGAGAAACUUGCACAAGCAAGCAAAUCAGAAGGAAGCAUAGAAAUACCAACAACAACAGAGCUGAUGGAAGAAAAAACAUCCUUUAAUGGAACCAGCUCCUUCGGCGCUUGUUUGUUGUGGAUGGACGAUUACGAACUACUGAUAGAGUGGAUUGCUUAUCACUAUCACGUACUACCGUUGCGUCAUCUCGUUCUAUUUCGAGAUCCCAAGAGCACUAAGGAUCCGUCGCCGAUUUUCGAUCGUUGGCGGCCCUAUGGUAUGCACAUCACAUAUUGGACAAGCCUGGAGAACUUUACACACUUUCCAAACAACAACGCAUUGGAGGAACUGAAGGGCAAUCCCCAAAAGCAACACAUUGAGAGGCAACACUUUUUCUAUCGCAACUGUUUGAUGCACCUCAAACGAGAAAAGUGGGGAUGGACGUUCGUCGGGGACACGGAUGAGUUUGUACUUCUCAACAGCAAAGUAGUUCCAGAAGCUCGGGAAAUGAUGAAGCAACCAGGAAUCAUCAUGGAAACUAUACUGAAAGCGCGGACUACCAAUCGAAUUCCCAACUCAAACAAACAUAUGAACAAGCGACAGCUACAACGAUGGGGAAAUCCAUCGAGACAUUGCGUGUGCCUACAGCGCCAUCAGUUCGGAGGGUUUGAGAGCCCUGAAGAGGCUGUGAUGAAGGACGUACCUUCUUUUUUGGACCAUUAUCGCUUUCAAACCCUUCGGUUUCGACACCACCGUCGCAAUACGAUUGUAGGCAAGUCCAUUAUUGAUUCCUCUCGUAUUCCGCUAAAGGACUUUCGAAGGAUGGGACAUCACAGUGUGACGGAUGAAUGUGGAAGCUAUUGGGGAGAUGGUGAUGAUUUGAUGAUUGUGAAUCAUUAUCUUGGGAGUUGGGAGUAUUUUAGACGGGACAAUGAUUUUCGCGGGCAGCGCCGAAAGAGGUUUCUCGAAAAGAAUGCUUGGAUCAAAGACACCCUGCAUUCAAAUCGAGGAGACGAAAUUCGUCAAUGGAUGGGCGGAUUUGUGGAGCACUUUGGAAAGGAAGUGUCAUUGUCACUCUUGGAGGGAGCUGGGUUUCCUUUCAACAAUGAAACUGCUCUGGAGACGAUAGGGGGAUGA